CUGUUCGCCGUGGCGCUGCUGGCGGUUCUCCCGGUCGCCGGCGCAUGGAGCGCCGAUGCCGGCCGCGGCAAGGCGCUCUUCGGCCAAUGCAAGCGCUGCCACCAGGUGGGCGGCGGCGCGGAGCAUCGGAUCGGCCCGCAACUCAACGAUGUCUUCGGCCGUGCGGCAGGCUCGCUCGCGAACUAUCGCUACUCCCAGGCGAUGAAGGCUGCCGGUGCCGGCGGCUUGGUCUGGGCUGAGGCGACGCUGGAUGCGUUCCUCUCCGACCCGCACGUUUUCGUGCCCAGCUCGCGUAUGAGCUUCGCGGGCAUUGAGGGAACGGGCGACCGGGCGGAACUCUUGGCAUGGCUGCGCGGCUUUUCAGGCGCCCGAUCAGAUCUACCGCCGGCGGAGCCGACCGCCACGCCCGAGGAAUACGGCCUCGACCCGCAGAUCCUCGCCAUCCGGGGAGACCCCGAAUACGGCGCCUAUCUUGCGGGCGAAUGCACCACCUGCCACCGGACGGACGGAGCCGACGAGGGCAUCCCCUCGAUAACCGGAUGGCCGCCCGAUGACUUCGUGAUAGCCUUGCACGCCUACAAGCGCGGAAAGAGGGUGCAUCCCGUCAUGCAGCUCGUGGCCGGGCGCUUGUCGGACGAAGAGAUCGCUGCUCUCGCUGUGCAUUUCCACAGGGCGGAAGAUGAUCCGUGA